GUGCACUGGCCAUCUGCUGACCAAGAAGGAGGGCAACUAUAAGUUCUACCUCGCUUCGGAUGAUGGCUCCCUGAUGUACCUUGAUGGCAAGAAGGUGGUAGACAACAACGGCUGCCACGGAGAGCAGGAGAGGCACAGCGACCAGAAGUUUCUGAAGCCCGGCUACCACAAGCUGGCGGUGGACAUGUGCGAGCUUGGCGGAGGCGAGGUCCUAAAGAUGCGAUACGAAGGUCCAGACACCGACAACAAGAAGAUCACCAUCCCGAAAAAGGCCUUGAAGUAUGAGGAGAAGAAGGAGCCAGAGUUUGCGAAGUUCAGAGACGGCCUUGUGGCUUGGUUUAGGAGC